ACAGGGAUGGCAAAUAGAUCCCCCCCCCGACUCCGGGAGAGCAGGAGGAGGACGAUGCACGAAUACGAGAGCUUCUCCGGCUGUGCUACGAAGAAGGCAUCCUCCCCAGGGACAUCGACCCAGGGGAAAUGACGGUGCAAGGACGCAACGUCAGGUUUAAAGUGAAGGACUCCAUCGAUAGAGUGACGGUACAGUGGCUGAAGGAGCGGACGAUUACCGUGAUUUUUAGAGAUGCAGCCCGGUUUCUCCCGAGGAACGUGAAGGAGGACCUCAGUAGGGCUUAUGAAGUCGAAAGAAUCCAGGCGGGUGAUUUCGGCGAAGGCCUUAGCAGAGGAAGAGUCAAGCUGGAGAGCUUAAGCGUAGCUUCGUAUGUUGCCAAGAGCACUAUCAUUUUCUCAUGGCUCGUGGAUAAGCGAAGUGCAGAAGUUGUGUUGGGAGGAGAUACAUACAGGAUGGAAUUCAAGCCCUGGCUCACCACUGCUCAGGUGAGGGAGCAACGUAGACUGGAGGAUCUUUCGACCUUUUGGGUCAUUGCUGUUCAAGUACCAUUGGACGCUAUGUUCUAUCUGGAGUCGCAUAUACGACGAGCAAUCGGCCCGGUAACGUUGACGCAUCCGCCAGAGCGUGACCGGCAAAAGCCGGCGCUGGUUAACAUCAAGUUCGAUCUCGAACCGGAGGCUAGGCCGAAUAUGAAGGAUUCGAUAAUUGUAGAUACCUUCGAAGGAGAUGAACUUGAGGUUAAGCUUGCCUCUUCAGAUACUCCACGUUGUCGAAAAUGUCGUGCGUUCUUUCACACAGCUGACGAAUGCAGGAGAGGAGGCCGGUCUUGUCAGCAGCAAGGUAGUGCAGGAGGCCAAGGCGGCAGAGAAGGCAUGGUGCAGGAGAGUUCGGCCAGACAGCUUUACCAAGGACCCCUUGGAAGAGGAGGGGCGAGUGCUCAACCUGCGGCUUCUUCCGUGGGAGGUGGACCGACCCAGCCACUAGAGAUGGGGUUUGCUAAUGUCUUUCAGAACCCUGCAUACAUGGCGGUUCCACAGGUGUUGCAACCCAACGCCUAUCUGGCACAGUUGCUCCAAGAGCUGGCGAUAGCACAAGCAAGUAAUGUGAUUCCGUUUGGUUACCCAUCGGGAUUGUCUCAACAGAUGGGGAAUCCAGGAGGUGGAGGAGGUUUUCAACUGUAUCAGGAGGUGCAGAACAGGUUACAGCCAUCCUGUCUCUUUCCAGGAGGGAGCCAUGCGGAUCAACAGGGAGGCACCGGUGGGGGUACGAGUUCCAGUCAGACGCCAACCAGAACAGAUCGUCCGAACUUGGCAACUCCGGGAGGGAGAACACGGGGGAACACCCCCGGAAAGCACAGAAGGGUGGAUAGCGAGGGGCAAGACGAAGCUCUAAGGGAGGCGUCAGCCUCGUCCCUCCCGGGAUCGGAGGGAUCAGGAGAUCAAGAAACAAUAAUUGGAACUCCAGGCAUGAAUAUCACUAGAAGACGUACGCCAAUGACCAUCAGUCGCGGUCAAUUGGACAUCGUUGAGAACAGGAUUUUGCCUUUCAUAUGCCCAGUGGCGAAAGGGUCCUUUUCGGUGAUUGCUUGGAGCGGUGGAGAUGGUGUGCCGAAACUCUUUAGCACGGGCUCUCCGGAGCAGCCUAUGCCGACCACUGUCACCAAUAUUAUCCAGGUAGUUGUACGUGGCAAAUUCUUGGUUCGUCUGAUUCCGGACGCAACUAUGGGCAGAUUCAUCCUAGACCUGGAGAAUGGGAGAAAGCUAAAGUUCUUCGUCCCUAUCUUCGAUGCACAUAUGGAGUCAACACAACAAGCCAGGCUAGAACAGGAAGGGAUGAGACUUCUUCCACUGACCUGGUUUGCUGAAGGCAGACGACAAGAACUUCGAAGAAUCAGAGUGCCCCCAUUUCGCACGGGAGAAUUCCUUGCAGAGAUAAAUGGUAAACUGCCAAGGGACAAGCAGCUCAACUCUAAGUUCAUUAGAGAUUUUCUUUCAUUGCCUUGGGAUCAGCAGCCGUCGAUAUCUGGAACAGCCAACCUCAUCCAACAUGCAACUGGGAAUCUCGCCAUGAAUGGUUAGGCUUCGCCUGUCCACAUGGAAUUUGCGCGGCCUGGUUGACCAGUCGGGUAAGUUUAAGAAAGCGAGGCUUAAAUCUUGGCUCCACGAAAAAAGAAUCCACAUAGCAUGUCUACAGGAAACCAAGCUUAGUGAGGAUAGAGUAAUGAAUUAGGAACUUGGUG